AUGCCGUACGUAGAUUCCAGCGGUAAUAUCGUGGAUUCAAAGAAAUCGUCAUUCGAUUUCCUUUGGGCCUUUUUCGCUUUUAUUUUAUUUUUUUUCAAAUCACUUCUUGAACCUUUGAUUGGCGAUACGGGGUCGUCGUCGCUGAGUGAUAGGCGAUCGCGAGGCGGUCGUGGCUGGGGUGGUAAUGAUCACUUGCCAAGAGAUGGUGGACCUCGGAGGCCUCCAAGAGGUGAUGGGCCAGGAAGGCGACCGAUGGGACGUCUACCGUUUUCGUCUGGUAUGUCAUGUCCACCGAUGGGUGGUGGCAGCUGA